AGGAGGAUGGUUUCGCGAGACUUGUGCCGUACUGGGUUACGAGAGAGAGUGGUGUGUCCGUGUGUGAGAGAGAUGGCUUGGAGCGCUGCGUUUUCGAGGUCUGUGGGAGCGCCGGCGAUCGACCUCCGCGCGUUGCGGGCUCGGAGUCAGACUCCGAUCUCUGUAGGGAUCUGCUUCGCCUCAAUCGCUGCCUCCCAUCUGUGGUCGUCUCGCCUGUCCAAACCCUUCUUCGCCUCAAUCUCGGCUACUGCCGCCGCCUCCAGUGUUAUCAAGGAGGCAGUUCAGACAGAAAAAGCUCCAGCAGCUUUAGGGCCAUAUUCUCAGGCUAUUAAAGCCAACAACCUUGUCUUUGUUUCUGGUGUUCUGGGUCUUGUUCCAGAGACAGGAAAAUUUGUCUCUGACAAUAUUGAGGAACAAACUGAGCAGGUCCUUAAAAACAUGGGAGAGAUUCUGAAAGCAAGUGGUGCCACCUAUGCCUCUGUUGUCAAGACAACGAUCAUGUUAGCAGAUCUACAAGAUUUCAAGAAAGUGAAUGAGAUAUAUGCAAAAUAUUUCCCAUCUCCUGCACCAGCACGUUCCACUUAUCAGGUAGCAGCAUUGCCAAUGAACGCUAGGAUUGAGAUCGAGUGUAUUGCUGCACUCUAACGCUGCUUCAAAAUUAUGCUUUGUUCACAUAGCUGAUAUUCUAGGAUAAGUACCAGCUUUUCCUUUGCGACUUUGCUAAAUGGAUUAUCGCCCAAAUAAGGUGUUCAAUGUACUUUUCUCCGAUACAAUCGAACUUCUAAUUUCAAUUCA